UUCUAUGAUUGUAGAAAUUUUUUUAUUAUUAAUUAGUUAUAGGAAAUUUGUUUUUUUCUUAAUUUAAAUCCAACAUCUUAUUGAACUAUUGUCAUGUCGGAACAAUCUUUGACUAAUGAUCAACGAAAAAUUGUUGUAAAAUGGUCGGGAAAUGAAUAUAUUAUUGAUAAUUUGAAUGAUGUUGCUACUAUUUUAAAUCUUAAAGAAUGUAUUUAUGGAAAAACUGGUGUCAAACCAGAACGUCAAAAAUUGAUUGGUCUUAAAACAAAUAAUGGUCGAACAGUUGAUGAUGAUACAAAAAUUGAACAUCUUGUUAUGAAACCAGGAUUCAAAGUAAUGAUGAUCGGUAGCAAAGAAGAACAGAUUGCCAAUAUUGAUUUGGAUCCAUCAGACAUUCCUAACGUGAUCAAUGAUUUUGAUAUUGAUGACGAAGCACUUGAUCAGGUUGCUAUUCAUAAUAAAGGAGAGUAUUUAGCUAAAGUUGAAAAACGAAUCAAAGAUAUCAAGAUCAAUGUAAUGAAUGAACCAAGAGAUGGUAAAAAACUAUUAGUUCUUGACAUUGAUUAUACUCUUUUCGAUCAUCGAUCAACAGCCGAACAUGCAUCACAAUUGAUGCGACCUUAUCUUCAUGAAUUUCUCACUAGCGCUUAUGAAGAUUAUGAUAUUGUCAUCUGGUCGGCUACCGGUAUGAAAUGGAUUGAAGUAAAAAUGCGUGAAUUAGGUGUUACAAAUAAUCCUAAUUAUAAAAUUGCAUUCUUUUUGGAUGCAUCGGCCAUGAUUUCUGUUCAUACGGAAAAAUAUGGUGUUAUCAAUGUUAAACCUUUGGGUGUAAUUUGGGGAAAAUUUCAACAAUAUAAUGCUCGUAAUACAAUAAUGUUUGAUGAUCUAAGACGUAAUUUUCUAAUGAAUCCACAGAAUGGUUUAAAAAUCAAAGCAUUUCGUGAAGCAUAUAAAAACAAAAGCAAAGAUAAAGAAUUAUUACAUUUGGCUCAAUAUCUUAAAAUUAUUUCAUUAUUGGAUGAUUUUUCCUCGCUAAAUCAUGAUAAUUGGCAUAAAAUGAUUUAAAAAUAAAUUUUAUUU